AUGUUCCCGACCCUAAAAGCCGAUCGAGCAGGCCGCUUGCCCGCUUUCAUGUUGCAAGAAUUCGAAAAACACGGCCAUACUUAUACGCAGCGGGUAAAUGGUCAAUUUGUGGUUUUGACCAGAUCGCCCGCCAACAUCCAAACCAUAUGCAAGCAACGCUUUAAAGAAUAUGAACUGGGGACAGAUCGCACUGGUAACUUUCGGCCUUUAAUUGGACACGGGAUCCUUGCUUUAGACGGACGGGACUGGACACGAGCUCGGGCAAUGUUGAGGCCACACUUCACAAGAAACCUCGAUCAGGAUUUGGUUCAAUUAGAGAUCCAUUUUCAACACCUUCUUCGGAGACUCACGGCCGCAGACUGCAAUGAGGCUCCCAUUGAUAUCGCCGACGUGCUUCUCAAGUUGAGUACCGACUUUGCAACCGAGACCGUGUUCGGGCACUCUACCCACUCGUUGUUAGUGGACCUGAGGCACUGGUCGGGAGAACAAAACAAAGGAAGUGCAGGAGAGUUCUCCACAGCUCUAGGUCAUGCACUUCGGAUGUUAGGCCAGCGAGGGCAACUCAUCAACUUCUACUGGCUCCGAGACUCACCACAAUUUCGAAACUCGUGUCGAAUCUGUAGGGCAUUCGUCAAUAAAUAUUUGGUAGAGGCGCAAGCACAGAAAGAGAAAGAGAUGGUCGGGUCGAGCAACAAGGGAAUAUCCUUUAUGCAUUCGCUUAUUGCCAAAGAAAAAACAUCGACCAACGUGAUGCGAGAUCAACUCCUGGCAUUGCUCCUGGCCAGUCGAGACACCACAGCUUCGUUUGCCUCUUGGGUAAUCUAUGCUCUGGUUAGACAUCCACGGUCAAUGGGCAAACUUCGUGGCUUGAUCGAGUCUCGUCUGCCGGGAGGGAGGCCGCCAUCCCUGGCUGAUAUCGCAGCUCUCCCUUACCUACGCCACGUAUUGAAUGAAACACUCCGAGUUUUCCCUGUGGUUCCCCUGAAUGGGCGGACAGCCAAAGUCGACACGGUCCUUCCGGAGGGUGGAGGGCCUGAUGGGAAGAGUCCACUCUUAAUUCCAAGGGGGACAAAAGUGGCUUUCAACAUCUAUGCAUUGCAGCAUCGAAGAGAUAUUUUUGGCGACGACGCCAGUGAAUUCAACCCGGAUCGUUGGGAAGAAGACACGGCGGGCGCCACAGGCGAUUUUGAGGGCGCUUUUGCCCCUUUCAUUCUUGGUCCACGGGUCUGCCUGGGCAAAAACAUGGCUAUGAUGACAGUUUCGUAUAUAAUUGUCCGGUUCUUGCAAAGUUUCAACCACGUCGAGCCCACUGGAGCUCCAAACUCAGCUCUGCCUCGAAAGGACAAGGUAUAUUGGCCUGGUGAAGAAACUCGGUAUGAUAUGAAAGAUGGCGACACCACCUUCAGCAUUGGAAUCACCAUGGCUCCGCGUGACGGCGUCUGGGUGAGGUUGGAUCAGUCCACCUAA